AUGCCUCGAUUCUUCAAACGCUUGUUCAAGUUCCCGCAGAUGGACUUCGAGAUGGCUGUCUGGGAGAUGACCAGCCUGAUUAUUGCGCCCAAGAAGGUCUUUCGCCAAGUCUACUAUCACAAACAAACUCGCAACACGUGGCACAGAGCGGAUCCGUCCUUCACAUACCUGCUGUCCUUCUUCCUUCUCCUGACUGCUCUAUCCUGGGGUCUGGCCUACGCAGAUGGUUUCGCCAAAACAUUACGCAUAACGCUGGUCUUCAUCUUCGGCCACUUCCUCCUUUCCUCGCUACUCGUCUCCACCGUCGCCUACUUCUUCGUGGGAAAGCUGCUGGCUGGCUUGUUUGGCCCACCAGGGAAUGAUGUAAUUGAACAGCUGGAGUUUGGAUACUGCUUCGACGUGUCAAUACGCGCCUUCUUCCCCGUCUGGGUCUGGCUGUACGUCGUGCAGUUCCUACUCAUGCCCGUCAUCUCUCGCGACUACUGGGUUUCGCUCUUCUUCGGCAACCUCUUGUACCUCGUGGCCUUUGGCUACUACUUUGUCGUCACAUUCCUCGGCUACAAUGCUCUACCAUUCUUGCAUCAUACACAACUGCUCUUGACGCCUGUCGUCGGAUUUGCCAUCUUCUGGGUAGUCAGCUUGUUUGGCCUAAACUUGCCAAAACAUUUCGCUCCAGUCUUAUGGGCGGGUGCUGAUCUGCGCAAGUCUGUAUGA